AGGUGAGGAAUUGAAAUGCAAACAAGUGACUCAUUUUAAUGGAUUUACUCCAGACAGGAGAAACCUGUAAUUUCUCUUAGGCGUGCUUGAUGGACCCAUCGUGGAGUGAAUCACAGACUUACACAAGCCUUGAAACCCCGGGCAGUUUUAGAGUUUUCAGAGAGGCUCCUCACAACAGGUGGCUGGUGUGCACCUGGGCCUCUUGGAUUUCCCUUUCAAAAAUGGGAAUAGAGGGAUCUCGGGCACUGAAGGGGGACCAUGGGCAGUGUGAGGGCAGGCACACGUGAUGGUGGGGUGCAGUGGCGGGAAGCUCGGUGCCAACUCUCCUGCUGGGCUGCCAGAUUUCCUGAAUGCGGCUCUUUAUGAAACAGCUCCUCCAUGGCAAGGGAAAACUGGUGAAGAUCCUAAUGUAUGAAAAUGAAGUCCCAGGCAACCAUGAUUUGCUGUUUAAUGUUAUUUCUGGCCACAGAAUGUUCUCACUAUAGAUCCAAGAUGCACAUAAAGGAUGGAGAUAAACCUCAACAUCCUGAAGGGAAACUCAAGACUGGAAGGAUACAAGAGAAAUGCCAUGGACCUUGCAUCACCACUUCCAACUGCAGCCAGCCCUGUGCUCAGCACUUUCGUGGAGAAAUAGGAUUUACAUGUCAUCAAAACAAGUGGCAAAAAUCAACUGAAACGUGUACAAGCCUUUCUGUGGAAACACUCUUUAAGGACUUCAAUAGUGCGUCACGCCUUUCCCUAGCAGCAUCAUCCAUACCUGUUCAUGUACUUGAUUUUCGAGCUCCAGAGCCCAUGGAGAGUGUAGCCCAAGGAAUCCGCAGGAACUGUCCAGUUGACUAUGCCUGCAUCCUCGAUGUUGUGAAAUCAUCAGAAGCCACAUCUGGAAACAUUGCAUUUAUAGUGGAGUUAUUAAGAAAUAUUUCUACAGAUUUGUCUGAUAAUGUUACCCGAGAAAAAAUGAAGAGUUAUAGUGAAGUGGCCAACCACAUCCUUGACACAGCAGCCAUUUCAAAUUGGGCUUUCAUUCCAGACAAAAAUACCAGCUCAGAUUUGUUGCAGUCAGUGAAUCUGUUUGCAAGGCAACUCCACAUCCACAAUGAAUCUGAGAACAUUGCGGAUGAACUCUUCAUUCAGGCAAAAGGGCUUCUCAUCAACCACAAUACCUCAGAGAAAAAGUUCAAUUUCUCUGUGAGCAUGAACAAUACAACAGAGGGUAUCUUAGGAGUAAUAGAAAUUCCCAGACAAGAGCUGUGGAAGCUGCCACCAAAUGCAUCCCAAGCCAUCAGCAUAGCUUUUCCCACGUUGGGGGCCAUAUUGAAGGAAGUCCACUUGCAAAAUGUGAGUCUUCCUAGACCUGUAAAUGGUCUCGUCCUUUCAGUGAUUUUACCAGAACAAUUGAAGCAAGUCUUAUUCACCUUUGAGAAGAUCAACAAGUCCCAGAAUGCCAGGGCCCACUGUGUUGGCUGGCACUCCAGGAAAAGGAGGUGGGAUGAGAAUGCAUGUGAAACCACAUUGGAGAUCAUGAACAAAGUGAAAUGCUUGUGUAACUACACCAACAUGGUGAUGUCCUUUUCAAUUCUAAUGUCCCCCAAAUCUAUAGAAAAUAAAGUCCUGGACUACAUCACCUGCAUUGGGCUCAGCAUCUCCAUCUUUAGCCUGAUUCUUUGCCUGAUCAUUGAAGCCAUGGUGUGGUCCCGGGUGGUUGUGACAGAGAUAUCAUACAUGCGUCAUGUGUGCAUCGUGAACAUAGCUGUGUCACUCCUGAUUGCUAAUGUGUGGUUCAUCAUAAACUCUAACUUUUACAAAAAGGUCCAGGACUCCAACUGGUGUGUUGCACUGACAUUUUUCAGCCACUUUUUCUACCUCUCUCUGUUUUUCUGGAUGUUCUUCAAAGCACUGCUCAUCAUCUAUGGGAUAUUGGUUGUUUUCCGUAGGAUGAUGAAGUCCCGCAUGAUGGCCAUUGGCUUUGCCAUUGGCUAUGGGUGCCCCUUGAUCAUUGCUGGCACCACAGUUGCUGUCACAGUGCCAGAGAAAGGCUACAUGAGACCUGAUGCUUGUUGGCUUAACUGGGACAAUACCAAAGCCCUUUUAGCAUUUGCCAUCCCAGCCUUGGUCAUUGUGGCUGUGAAUCUUGUGGUGGUUUUGGUUGUUGCUGUCAACACUCAGAGGCCCUCUAUUGGAAGUUCCAAGUCUCAGGAUCUGGCCAUAAUUAUGAGGAUCAGCAAAAAUGUUGCCAUCCUCACCCCGUUGUUGGGACUGACCUGGGGUUUUGGAAUAGCUACACUUAUAGAAGACACUUCCUUGAUAUUCCAUAUAAUCUUUGCCCUCCUCAAUGCUUUUCAGGGGUUCUUCAUCCUGCUGUUUGGAACCAUUAUGGACCGCAAGAUAAGAGAUGCUCUGAGGAUGAGGAUGUCUUCACUGAAGGGAAGAUCAAGGGCCGCAGAGAAUGCAUCAUUAAGCCCAACCAAUGGAUCUAAAUUAAUGAAUCGUUGAAGAUGAGAUGCUGCUCCAUUUUUCGAAAAUGUUCCGUGUCCUGGACUGAGAGUGAAGCUCUAGGAGAGGGAAGCUGGAAUGUAGGGGCAACCGAGCUUCCUCAGAAGACUUUCUCUUCUUGCCAAGUGUGACACCUAAGCCGUCAGGGCAAAAUGUUUGCUGAGGAAAAAGUGAGAAUGACAUUUGGUGACUGGGUUUGAAGGAUAUAGAACCACGGACCCUUUGACCACCUACCCAUGACUUGCAAGAGCCUGGCUUCUUGGUCAACCUUGUCAAGAUUAAGAUAGUAAGCCAUUUUCUGAGGUCCUGGACGAGCCUGGAGCUAUUGGGGCUCUACUGAAGGGGUCUGCUUUCACUCUCAAGGCUUGUUCUGUGUCUCCUCCAUAAGCCCAGCCACUGUAACUGUAUGGAUCCUGCAUACUUUGGGGGACAGGAGUUAUGUCCAGUGUCAAGGGUAGGGGUGGGCAUGAGAGUAGAAGGUAGGGUGGCAGCAGAAAUACUGAAUCUACUUUGGAGACAGUUAAGUCAUGGUAAGUUUCCUAAAAAUAGGAACAGAAGAAAAAUAAGAGGACUUUUAAAUGUGUUUAUUAUUUUAGUCUGUUUUAGACCUUGUGUAAAAUAAUUUAGCUACUAGGACUUUAGUUUCCUCAUUUGUGAAACUUAAACAUAUUCUUGUAGAUAUUAUUAUUUGUGUGUGUGUUUAAACCCUAUACAUAAAAAAAUUUUAGACAUGAAAAUAAAAACAUUUACUUUUCA